UCUGACACAAGCUCCGGAGGAGAAGAGCGGCGCGGCUGUGAAACUUGUGUCCGAUUGGAGUGACGGGGACGCCGGCGGGUGAUCCGGUGAAGCCCGGGGCUCGAACAUGGGCCUCCUGGCGAGGAUACGAAAGGAGUGGUUCAUCAUCGGGAUCGUGCUGGUCAUCUUAUCGGCCAAACUGCAGCCAAGCGUCGGUGUCAAAGGAGGUCCGCUGAGGCCAGAGGUCACCGUCGCGUACUUUGCGGUCUCGCUCAUCUUCUUCAACAGCGGCCUGUCGCUGAGGACGGAGGAGUUGACCAGUGCGUUGCUUCACUUUCGCCUCCAUCUCUUCGUUCAGUCGUUCACGCUGAUUUUCUUCCCGCUGGCCGUGUGGCUGCUGCUCAGAGUGCUGGAGCUGACGCCCAUCGACCAAUGGCUGCUCAAAGGGUUACAGACGGUGAGCUGCAUGCCUCCUCCAGUCUCCUCCGCUGUGAUCCUCACUAGAGCUGUCGGUGGUAACGAGGCUGCGGCCAUCUUUAACUCAGCGUUUGGAAGCUUCUUGGGAAUCGUGGUGACUCCAGUUCUGCUGCUGCUGUUUCUCGGCUCGUCAUCCUCUGUUCCCUUCUCCUCCAUCUUCUCUCAGCUCUUCAUGACUGUCGUGGUGCCUCUGAUUGUGGGUCAGGUUUGUCGACGGUUCCUCAGGGAGUUCCUGGAGAGGAAGAAGCCGCCGUUUGGCGCCGUGAGCAGCGCCGUCCUCCUCAUGAUCAUCUACACCACGUUCUGCGAGACGUUCAGUAAUCCCAACAUCGAGCUGGAUCCGACCAGUCUGCUGCUGGUGGUCCUCAUCAUUUUCUGCAUCCAGAUCAGCUUCAUGCUGCUCACGUUCGCCUUUUCUACCACGUCGGGCUCAGGAUUCAGUCCUGCAGACACUGUGGCCGUGAUCUUCUGCUCCACACACAAGUCACUGACUCUGGGUAUCCCCAUGCUGAAGAUCGUGUUCGAGGGCUACGAGCACCUGUCCCUCAUCUCAGUGCCGCUGCUCAUCUACCACCCGUCUCAGAUUCUGCUCGGCUCCGUCCUCGUGCCGACGAUCCGCAGCUGGAUGACGGGUCGACAGAAGUCUAGUCUGUUGUUGAGAUAGGGCCGCAUUCCAACACUGCUGCGUGCUGAGCGGUGAAACUGUCGGCCCUUCAGCCGGUCUGAUGACGACGUGGUGGAACGUCAGUGUUUUUAUUCGGGGACUGAGCAGAUUUUAAGGUGGAGGGGACACAUUUGUCACACGUGCCUUAAAAAAACAAACAAAAAAAACAAUCAAUCAACGGAGAGACCUCAGCGUGGUGAUGGAGAGUCCAGUUGCCUUGAUUUUUCCUCUUCUCAAAAAUCCACAAAAACUUCUUCUAUCAUCUUCACUUUUAUAUUUAAAAGGAGUUUUAUUUUUCUACGGAGAAUCUAUAAGCAGAGUUACUGGGACCAGUUCUUUUUAAAAAAAAAAAAAAAGUUCUUGUUACAUUUAUUGAGGUUAUUUUUGUGCGUUAUUUGCUGGUUUUGUCAGUAUUUGUUGACACUGACAGGAUCAGGUAUCACGUGUGCUGUCAGGCGUCGACGUCGGUUUAAGUGGAAGAAUUUUUUAAUGGAACAAAAACGAGACGAGAUGUGGAUGAAAAGUGACGUCAGAAACUUUUUUCUCCU